GAAUAUAAAGUGGGCGGCCCCUCUGAUUGGCUGAUAAUGGCAAGAGGUGCUGCCCAUGGGACGUUGGGUUCCUAGGAUCUGAACGACCAUCAUUUCAACCCCUCCCGCAGAGCAGAAUGACACUUCAACACAGCGCGAGUUGGCCAAGCACUUUUCAUAGCAAGGGGAGGCCUUGAUUAAGCUAAAUAUUUUCUAUUUACAUUUUAUAUAGCCUAUACCUUAUUAUAUAUUUUUUUUGAGUAGCGUACGCGAUCUAUUUAAUACUUGCAUAAACACGCACACACACACACACACACACACACACACACACACACACACACACACACACACACACACACACACACACGAGUUUAGUGGUAGAUGUUACACACAUCUGGAUCACACCAAACGCUGCUGAUGCUGAGCUCAGAGAAGCCGAGGGAUACGGAACGCUCCUCGGCUGAAUAUAAAUGAUGAAUAUACUACGGAGUUGCCGGACCUGAUCUCCCCCCAGUGCCAGAUGCCUCCCCUCCCUCUCGACGAGCGUAUAGUGCUCCUCCAACGCCCCAAGAACCUCUCCCACUGCCCGGCGUCCUCCUCCCCCCCCCGCCACCUCCCCCGCUACCCCUCGCGCCCGCCGCCGCCGCUGCCGCCGCCCUGCGCCAGCAGCCAGCUCUUCCAUGCGUCCUCCGGCCUGCCGCCGCCCCAGCUGUCCCCGUACUCCUGCGGCUCCCUGAGCCUGGGAGGCGAGCGCCGGCCGCCCCGAGGGCCGCCGCUGCAGCCCGACCCCCCCGUGGUGCUGCUGUCGGCCUCGCCGUUCGUGACCGACUACGACCCUAGCCAUCGCCACAGCAACGGCACGGUGACCCUGGGCCCCCGGCUGCCCUCGCACACGCACGCCGUCGACAUCAAGGUGUCCCUGGAGGCCGGACACGGCGAGGGCCACGCCCCCAGGCGCGGUGAGGGCCACGCCCCCAGGCACGGUGAGGGCCACGCCCCCAGGCGCGGUGAGGGCCACGCCCCCAGGCACGGUGAGGGCCACGCCCCCAGGCACGGCGGGAGUCUGAAAGGAGGCAAGGGCGGGAAGCGCGUCUCGCUGCACCUGAGCCACGAGCAGCGCGGCCAGCGCCACGAAAAAGGCUACGACCACGACCACGACCACGACAACGGCUACAACCACGACAACGGCUACAACCACGACAACGGCUACGACCACGACAACGGCUACAACCACGACAACGACCACGACAACGGCUACGACCACGAGCAUCGGGGUCAGCGUUACGACCACGGCGGCGGCAGCGGCGGCCUGCAGUUCGUCCCGGCCGCGUCGCAGCAGCACAACAAACCCCGGAGGGAGAAGGAGAACGCCAACGGCGCUCCGGGACUCCUCGCCAGGCGGGGCGGCGAGGCAGCGUCGGGCGGCGGGAGGAGGAGCAAACUGGGAGCGGCCCAGCAGGACCCCAGCAGCCUGCUGCCGGGCCCGCAGCCCCCCCCGGCCCUGCCCCAUGCCUCCGUCCUGAACCCCAGCUACCCCGCCUCCCCCCCUACCCUCAACCCCCUCUCCCAAGGCCCCUCCUCCUUCCGCUCGGCCCCCGCGGGCCGGGACCAGCGCCGCCCCCGGCCCCCCGCCCUCCAUGGUCUCCCGCUGUCCCCCGGCUCCUCGGGCGUGGGGGGCUUCCCCAGCCCUGACCACACCUGCACCAUAGACCUCUCCUACCCCUUCAACUGCGGCUGCUGGGAGCUGGUGCGGCGCAAGGGCUUCGGCCGGGGCUGCCAGGGGGGCGGCGGCGGCGGCGGCGGGAGUCCCUCCUCCUCCUUCUCCUGCGUCCAGACGGCGGCGGGCCGGGCGGGGGGCCGGGGGGGAGGCGGCGACGCAGCGGGCCGGGCCAUGGGUCUGAGGGGCCUGGGGGGCUGCCUCUCCUCCAACACCUCCUCCUCCAACAGCACGGCGUCCGACCGCCGGCCCCGCCUCCUCCGGCCGCUGGCGUGCGUGUCGUGCUCCUCCUCCUCGGGGGCGGGGCCUCUGGAGAGCCCCGCCCUGCUGCGUAAGCGUCUGGUGGGCGGGUGCCUGCCCUGCGCCCCCUCGGCGCCGCUGCGCGCCUUCCACAGCUGCGUGACGGGCUGCGACCCCAAGGCCAGCCAGACGGCCAGCUCCUCCUGCAGCUACUGCAGCAGCGACCCCAUCGUGGUGACCUUUAACCCCCGCCGCAGCACGCCCCCGGGGAGGGGGCCGGCGGCCCACCCCCAGGCCGGCGCCUUCCCGCAGUCUGACGACGACGACUACAGCGUGCGCACCAUCUGGCCCGAGGAGCUGGCCAGGAAGAUGAGCCACGCCCACGGCGCCGGCGGAGGCCCCGGGGCCGGGAAGCCGUCCUGUCUGAGCCGCGGGGGCCAGAACGGCGAGGCCCCGGGGGGGGGCAUGGCCCUGCUGGACUGCCAGAACCUCCGGGAGUUCAGCCACACCCCCCUGACGGACCACGCCGGCAGGCGGCGCCUGUGGCAGGGCAAGAUGGCCGCCCUGGACUUCAUGGGCGUGUCCUCGGGCGCGGAGGACGGGCGGAGCUCGCUGAAGAGGCUGCUGAACCACGAGGGGGGGUACGACGACAUGCCCUACCGCCCGCACUCGCCCUCGCCCCCGCAGUCCCCCGUCUCCUUCUCCCCCCCGCAUUCCAACCCGGGGACCCUCAUCCUCAAGCCCCGCCCCCGGCAGAGAGAGCGGGAGGGGGGGCGGUCGCUGCCCUCCGCCCAGUCGCUGCACCUGGUCCUGGACUCCCUGAACCGCGACCAGGACGAGGAGAACCGCCGCCUGCACCUCUCCCUCCCUCUGUCCUCCUCGCUGCCCGCCUCCCUGUCCAACGAGGGCGCCGUGACGCCAGACGCCGAGAACGCCGUCAUCAGCGCCAUCCUGCCCUUCCUGUUCCUAGGCAACGAGCGGGACGCCGAGGACCUGGACCUGCUGCUGCGCCUCAACGUGGGCUUCGUGGUCAACGUGACCACGCACCUGCCGCUGUACCACCUGACCACCGGCCUGGUGCGCUACAAGAGGCUGCCCGCCACCGACAACAGCAAGCAGAACCUGCAGCAGUACUUCGAGGAGGUGUUUGAGUUCAUCGAGGAGGCCCACCAGACGGGGAAGGGGGUGCUGGUCCACUGCCAGGCGGGCGUCUCCCGCUCCGCCACUGUGGUCAUCGCCUACCUCAUGAAGCACACGCUCAUGACCAUGACCGACGCCUACAAGUACGUCCGCGGGCGGCGGCCCGUUGUCUCGCCAAACCUCAACUUCAUGGGCCAGCUGCUGGAGUUCGAGCGCGACCUCAACUCCGGGGUCACACCCCGAAUCCUCACCCCCAAACUCAGCGGCCUGGAAACCCAGGUGGCCCGGGAACGCGACCCAGGGCCCGGGAACACCGACCCAGGGCCCGGGAACGCCCACCCAGGGCCCGGGAACGCCGACCAAGGGCCCGGGAACGCCGAGCCAGGGCCCGGGAACGACGAGCCAGGGCCCGGGAACGCCGACCCAGGGCCCGGGAACGCCGACCCAGGGCCCGGGAACGCCCACCCAGGGCCCGGGAACGCCGACCAAGGGCCCGGGAACGCCGACCCAGGGCCCGGGAACGCCGACCCAGGGCCCGGGAACGCCGACCCAGGGCCCGGGAACGCCGAUCCAGAGGCCCUUCCAUGCUACCGUCUGAAGGCCUGUUGUUCCCUGGCUAGCAUGAAAGGUGACACACCCGUGAACAGCACCAUGAGCGUAGGACAAGCCCGCAAACUGGUGGAGCAGCUGAAGAUCGAGGCCAGCUUCUGCAGGAUCAAGGUGUCCAAGGCGGCGGCGGACCUCAUGGCCUACUGCGACACCCACAUCCACGACGACCCCCUGAUCACCCCCGUGCCCACCUCCGAGAACCCCUUCAGGGAGAAGAAGUUCUUCUGCGCCCUGCUUUGAGACCGGGUUGGGGCUGGAGGGUGGGGGACUGUACACACGUGGUGGGGUGGGGUGUACAGGAGUCAGAGUGGGGUACCAGGGUACAAAAACUGACUGGUGCCCAACAACAAAGUCCUAAAUCCGCACUGGUACUAUCAGAUGGAUUCAAAAUCAAUAGGUAAAGCUUGACCAGGAGAAGACGUUGAUUAUUGACACGCAGCCCAAAGUACGAACAAAAGUACUUCUCGUAUUUAAUUGAGCACCUGUGACUUUGACCAAACCACACACACCCCUCUCAUGAGUUAAGGCCUUUCAUAUCAGCAAGAAUUAUCUUUUCCAAAGGCUGUCUUGGUCACAUUUGAUUUAAUGCUGGUGCUGCUUUGCAACCAAGUAGCCCAUUUUUAGGUGAGAUUAGCAAUGGAGGCAAGAAAAGUGUAGCAAAUUUUAUGUGCUACACUUGGCCUUCUACAAUUGAUAUAAUGUAUUUGGACUUGAAGACGCAGCGUGAAGGAUUUAGUGGCAUCUAGUGGUGAGGUUGCAGCCACUGAACAGGCAGGUCAACAUGGCGGGGCCAGUGGACAGAGAGGGACUCGCUCUCUGCGGAGACUUAAAGGGCUCAUUCAAAGUUAAACACCAGUCUUAUUAUCAUAGGAUUAUAGACUUAAGACAUAGUUAGGAAUAUUGUAUUCAACUUCUGCCACGUCCCUGUGAGAUGCCAAAAAUUCUACCCAGUGCAUCUUCAAGGUCCUCUUUAACACCAGUCGUGAUGUUAAGCCAUUACUAAAUGUACUCAUUGGGAGGUGGGAUUCAGUCCCACUCGUGGUCCUGUUUCUAAAUGACGGCUAAUGGUCAUACCUGGGUACCUAGGGGCCCUUUAAGGUCUUGUUUCAACAGGGAGACUAGCGUCAUGACACUUCAGUGCAGUGGUACUCCCAAGAUGGACGUACUUCAUGUAUCCGUUUAUUUUGUACAUCGGCAGUUUCUUGCAUCAACAGAUCGUACACGAUGCAAAGUGAUUUUGUGUAAACGUUUCAUGUGAUUUCUUGGACUGCCUCCGUUAAGGCGCUAAGUGAACCUUAUUGUGUAUCCACACAUUCCAGUAAGUGAAACCAAACAGUCAUAAAGACUUUCUGCCCAAUGGUUUUUAAUCAUGAGCCACAUCUACAACAUAUGCACUUUAAGAGGGACGUACAACACCAUCUUUAGCGUCACAGCUCCGAAGGUGUGUUAAGGACAGCUUUGGCUACUAGGUUAAAUGUGAAAUAAAAUGUCUCAUUAACAAAAGGUCCAACAUUGCCUUUUCAUUACAGAAACAAUCCAAAAGUAGGUUACAUUUUUAAGCCUGUUUAAAUUGGGACAAUACAAUAAAAAAGCGGCAACAAUUCUGUGUGAAAAGCCCAGUGACAUCUAACAGUAAGUUAUAAUGGUUCAGAAUUGUUUUGAUUUCUAUUUGAAUGUUAAAUGGAUAACAGCAUCUUCAUUAAGCAGUUCCAUCGUCAAUCCAUGCCCAUGUGAAUUAAGGAGAUCCUUAAUAACCAGACUGAGACAAACUUAUUUAUUAUAGCAUGUGGUUUUGUCAAAAUGUUCCUUCUUCCCUCGAUUGUUUCUGCCUGGUUGCCUUAACAACCAUAACCACGGUGACCCUUUACUAUUAAACACCCCAUAAUAUCAUAUUGUAGAUUCAAACCGCACCAUUUUUAGUUUGCUGAUAACUUGGCAUUGAUUCAUGAAUGAAACAAGAAAUUAGCUUCAGAUCAUUUAGAUCCCAAACAUUCAAGUGUAGAGUUGUUUUCUUUAAACGAGUCAAACUGAGCAAAAUGGAAAUUCAUAUAAUGCAAAACAAAAAGCAGCAGAACUAUGGUGAGGCAAAAAUCUGUUUAAUCAAAACCAGUUGGCAACGGAGCAGCACCAGAAAGAGGGCUAACAAACCGUUGGAGCAGUGAAUUAAAAUGUAAAAGCUAACAUUUUCAGUCCUUUUUUUAUGAAGCCCGAACAAGUCUUAGUAAAUCUGGAGGUUUUUUUAAAAGGAUACCAGCGGACUGCACACCACACAAAAUAAGAAUCACUUCAACAAUCCUGGCUGAUCCUACAUGCUAAUAUACACAAGAACACACAAGCUUAGUUUUCAUGAGGUCAGCGUGUCGUCGGUCAGCUACAGUUCAAACUACUUGUUUCUAUUUCAUCUCCGGUACCAAACGCUGUUCUCCCACAAUACGGUUGUGUUGAUUACUUCCCCAUUACCAUCCACCUGGAGGUCACUGCCAAAGUCUCAAACAACCAUCUGGUGUAUGUCGUUGUCGUUGUUGCGUCCCUGAACAGUCAGCAAGCUUACGUUU